AUGGAUUCAUCGCAAGCAUGUCUAGACCGGCCUGUUUCGAUUCACCAGUAUACAAGCGAGAAGCUCCGGGCAUUACGUAAUAAUGUCAGUGAAACUCUCAGCAAUGAAGUUAAAACUGUUAUUAGUGAUCUCGGUAUAACAAGGCAUCGAGGACGUCGUGGGGGUAGACAUAUUCGUCGUACUAUCAAAGUAUUAUCAUCAAAUCGUGACAAAACUAAAUCAAGAAAUGAACACUGUGCCAAUGAAAAGAAUUUGACUCAUGUCAUCUUCGAACGCAAUUCUACUGAACUUGUACUACCAACUGUUUUUCUUUGCAAUUUACGGUCAAUUAAUAACAAAUUAGAUGAACUAGAUAUCAUUCUAAAUCAGCAAGGAAUAGGUUUGUGUGCUGUUACAGAAACUUGGCUGACUGCCGACCAACCUGAGAGCUCUUUUUCUAUUGACGGAUACAAAGUAUUUACCAAGUCUAGAAUUGAGCGAAAAGGGGGUGGGGUGGCCAUAUAUGUGAAACCCCAUUUCAACCCUCAAUACAUCGAUGGACUACCUGAACCUGGUCAUCUUGAGGUCUCCUGGGUCAGGUUGAGACCUCAUCGCCUUCCCCGAUCAGUGAACUGUAUUUGUGUCGCAGCGGUCUACUCUCCACCGAAUGAUGAUCAUGGUGAAGACCUCAUUCAGUACCUCCUACGGUGUAUGGACAUACUGAGGACUAAAUAUCAGUCAGCAGGAUUCAUCAUCCUAGGUGAUUUCAACCGCCUGAAUAUUCAACAGCUAGUCUCUGGAAAUGACAUGAGGCAGAUAGUCAAUCUACAUGUACCAACUCGAGGCGAUGCUGUUCUGGACAAAGUUCUGACUAAUUUUGCCAACUUGUAUUCCAAGCCUCAAAUCCUGUCACCUAUAGGCUCCUUGGAUCACAACUGUGUACUCUGGUCACCUAAGUCUGCGCGUGUUAAGAGAAGUAACCGUUCGAUGACUAGAGUAAUCCGGCCUAUGAAAGCCUCUGACUUACAGCGAUUUGGGGACUGGAUCUCGCACCAUGACUGGGCAGAAGUUCUUAUCGAUGACAACGUUCAAUCUGCUUGUGACACAUUCUACAAUCAACUGGACUCACAUAUGAAUCAGUACUUUCCGAUAAAGAAAGUUAAGAUUCACCAUCGUGAUAAACCUUGGGUAACCCCGUACCUGAAAUCCCUUAUACGGAAAAGACAGGAUGCGUUUGUUCAAGGUGACAAAGCCCGCUGGAAAUUACUUCGCAAUCAGGUCCAAAGAGAGAUUCGGAACCUGAAGACUGAAUUCUACAUAGGCCGAGUGAAGCAUCUGAAAGACGAGAACCCUGCUAGUUGGUACAAACACAUUAAACUACUAACUGGUAACAGGAGUCCCCCAUUGGAAGUGAUUCAUGAUUCAUGUGAGGCUAAUCCUGAAGAUUUGGACGCACAUACUGCAGAGAAAAUCAAAUCCUUCUUCGCAGAUGUGAACGCCGAUAUACCACCACUUGACAGAAAUGCAUUGCCUGCAUAUCUCCCUUCAGUUCAACCAGCUAAGCAGGUUAACGUGUGGCAGGUAUAUAAUGAGUUGAAGAGGAUCAAACCUGGCAAAUCCGGUGGUCCAGAUGGGAUACCAGGGAGACUUAUCCGAGAAUUCGCCAUCUUUCUUGCCACCCCAUUAUGUCACAUUCUUAACCUGUCAUACGCAACUUGUAUUGUCCCAUCUUGUUGGAAGAAAGCUAUUCUGGUACCUUUGCCCAAGGAAUCUCCGCCAGUGACAAUUGACAAUUUACGCCCUAUCUCCUUGACGGAUCAUUUUGCAAAAAUCGCAGAACUAUUCAUCGCCAAGCAGGUCAGCAAUAAUAUUUCAGCAAUUCUUGAUCCCAUGCAGUAUGGAUGCCGAACGGGGCUGUCAACUACUCACUACCUUGUCGAUUUCAUCAACUUCCUUGCGAAGAAAGCUGAUGUUCCAACCAACAUUUCUACUGUUGUCUACACUGACUUUAAAAAGGCAUUCGACCGCGUAAGCCAUACAGUUGUCAUUACGAAGCUGAUCGACCUAGGUGUACAGCCUGCCGUCAUUUCCUGGAUAUGCGACUUCCUGACGGAGCGUGAGUACAGCGUCCGUUUCCACAACACUCGUUCAUCAUGGCAACGCGUUGAUGCCGGAGUGCCACAGGGCACACGUCUGCUUUAG